GCCGCUCCCGGUUCGGGCCCGACCGCGGCUCCGGAGCCGCUCCCGGGGCUGGGACCGAUCCCCGGGCCGCCGUCGGCGCGGAUUCCGGUGCCGGUUCCGCUCCCGGUACCGCUCCCGGUGCCGCGGCCAUGCCGCGCUGGGCGCGGGGCUGGCCCGAGGCGCUCAAGGCCCGCGCCGCCCGGUACGCGCUGCAGCGCUGGCUCGGGCCCUUCCUGGAGGAGCCGCUGCGGCUGGAGCAGCUCGGGCUGGACCUGCGGGGAGGCACCGGGAGCCUGCGGGAGCUGCGGCUGCGGGCGGCGGCCGUGGACGAGCUGCUGGCGGCGGCGGGGGCGCCGCUGGAGCUGCGCGAGGGCGCGCUCGGGGCCGUGACGGUGACGGUGCCCUGGGCGCAGCUCGGCGCGGAGCCCGUGCGGCUGCGGCUGCAGCGCCUGCGCCUCGUGCUGCGGCCCCGCCCGCCGGGGUCCCCAGGGCCGGGGUCGCCCCCCCCGGGGGGGGCACAGCAGGGCCGGGACCCCCCCCCGGAACCGCCCCCCCUGGAGGGGCUGGAGGCGCUGGCGGUGACCAUCGACACAGUGCUGCGGCGGCUGCAGGUGCUGCUGGAGCUCACGGAGCUGCGCCUGGAGCUGCCCCCACAGCCCGGGGGGGGCCCGGGGGGGGCCCUGGAGCUGCACCUGCCCAGGGUGGAGUACGAGGACUCGGGUGGGGGCACCGGGGGCGCCCCGGCCGUGCUGCACAAGGGGCUGCGGCUGCGCGACCUCAGGGUGCUGUGGCAGGAGCUGCCGCCGGCCUGGGCACAGGUGCCCGUGCCCCCCCCCGUGCUGGCCGCUCUCCUGCCGGGCCCCUCGGAGCUGUGGCUGCGCCUGAAGCAGAACGAGAACGUGCCGGGCCCGGGGGUGGAGCUGGAGGGGAAGGUGGGGGCGCUGCACCUGCUGCUGCCCCCCCCCCUGCUGGGGAUCCUGCGGGGGCUGCUGGGGGCGCUCGACCCCCCCGGUUCCCCCCCCGGGGGUCGCAGCCGCCCCCUGGGCCCGCAGGACCUGGCUUUGAUCGAGCGGGAGCUGAGCCGGGGAAUGAGGGGGGGGCGCGACCCCCCGAGCCCCCCCGGGGGGGACCCCGACAGCGAGCUGUUCUACUCCAUGACGGGGUCCCUGGGGGGGGGGGACAGCGCAGCCCCCCCCGAGGAGACCCCCAGGGGCAGCCCCUCCCCCAGCCCGGCCGGCAGCCCCCGGUGCCGCCGCCCCUCCCCCCACAGCAGCGCCCCCCCAGGCCGGGGUCCCCCUUUUUGGGGGGGGUCUCUGCGCCUGCAGGUGACCCUGGGCACCGUCACCGCCCUCCUGCCCGAAAUGGGAGGGGCCCCCAGCCCCGCCCACCAGCGCCUGUGGGAGGAGCUCUGCCAAGGCCACGCCCACCCAGCCUGGGACCACGCCCUGCCCUUCCCCCACCUCAGGCUGUCCGCGGGCGGGGCCCAGCUCUCUCUGUCCCGGGGGGCCGCGGGGGGGCCCCGGGGGGGGCUCCUCUCCCUCGCCCGCCUGGAGCUGCAGGAGGAGCUGCCGGGGGCGGAGCCCGACCGGAUACAGGUCCUGCGUUUCCCCGCCCCCCCGGCCGCCGGCCCCGCCCCCGCCCAGCCUGUGCUCCGCCUCCGCUGGGGCCCGCCCGGCCCCGCCCCCCCCGGAGCUCCGCCCCUACCCAAGGGCCCGCCCCCCCCGCUGGAGCUGGGGCUGCAGCUGAGCCCCCCCCAGGCCGAGCUGGACCUGGGGCUGCUCGAGCGCCUCGGCCCCGCCCUCCAGGCCCUGCUGGGCCACGCCCACCGCGCCACGGACACGCCCACAGAGCAGGACACGCCCCCCGACGAGGCGCGGUGGGCGUGGCCCCUGGUGCGGUGGGCGGUGCCGGGGGCGGAGCUGCGGCUGCACCUGCCCCUGACCGACCUUCGCCCCGCCCCCCUGCGGGCCCCUCCCCCCCGGCUCCGCCCCGAGAGCCUCCGGGUGGGGCUGGGCGGGGCCAGGGGGUGGGCGGGCCCGAUGGGCGGGGCCAUGGCCUGCGACCACCUGGAGGUGACGUACGAGGCCGAGGACAUGGGGACCCUGCCCUGCCUGCGAGCCGAGCCCGGGCCCGGCCCGGGGGGCGCCCCCUGCCUGCCCACGCUGGAGGUGACGGUGAACGCGACCCCCCCCCCACCGGGGCCCCCCCCGACCCCGUUCUCCGCCCGGCGCAGCAUUUACGAGAGCCACGAGCUGGUGCUGCCCGGGACCCCUGAGGAGUUGGGGGCGUUCGUGGGCGGGGCCCUGGGCGGGGCCCCCUGGAGCCUGCAGGUGACGCUGCCCCGAGCACACCUGAGCCUGAGCCCGCCCGAGCUGCUGCAGCGCCUGUACAACAGGAUCAACAACGAUCUCCUGCUCUGGGAGCCGGCCGGCCCCGCCCCCCCGGCCGGCCCCGCCCCCUGCGGAGACCACGCCCCCUCAGAGGACUCCGCCCCUUUGGAGGACUCCACCCACUCGGAAGGCCCCGCCUCCUUCAGGCCCUGCAGGUCCGGGCUGGGCACAGACUCAGAGGAUGAUGACGAUGAUGAGGACGAUGAAGGCCGCAGGGGGUCCCCGCAGGACCUCGGGGACACCGGGGAGACUCGGGUGACACCCAGGGACAGCAGCGGCGGCGCCAUCCUGGUCACCGUGCCCUGGGGCCGCGUCACCGCCGAGUGUCCCCCCGAGGGGGGUCUCCCCGGCUCGCGGCUGGAGCUGGAGCUGGGGGAGGGGCGGCUCUGUGUCCUCCCCCGCCCGGGGGGGGUGCGGGGCCUGUCCCGGGCCUGCGCCGACGCCCGGAGCCUGCGCCUGCUGCACGGCCCGGUGCCCGCGGAGGGGGCGGGGCCGGGGCCGCCCCCCCCCCUGCUGCCCACCCUGGUGCCCUGGGAGGAGCCCGCGCCCCCCCCCGGGACCCCCCCGCGGCCCCCGCGCAUGAUGGCGCUGGCCAUGGGCGGGACAUUGAGCGCCAACGGGGACACCAAGGAGCUGGAGGUGGCGCUGGCCCUGGAGGGGCUGAUGCUGAAACACCGACCUGACCCCCCCGGGACCCCCUGGUACCAACAGCUGCUGUCCCUGCUGGCCCUGGAGGACGAGCCGGUUUUGGGGUACACGCCCCCCACGCCCCUGACCCAGCUGCACCUGCACCUGCAGCGCUGCGGCCUCGACUACAGGCCGCCCCUGCCCCAGCGGGUGCUGCUGACGGCCGAGAUGCUGAGCGUGACCUGCGGGAGCGGCCCCGACCCCCGCCCGGGGGGGCUCCGGGUUGCUAUGGGGGUUUCUUGA